AUGCCAUCGCUCAAAGGCUUCGCGCGCAUCCCAGUCCUCACAAGCGUACGAAGCCUAAAGCGCACGCGCCCGAAACCGGUACCGCCAGUGCAUGUUAGCCAGCACGCCCCAGUGUGCCCAUUAGCAGCGACCAACGCGCAAUACGACGCCGCAGCACCUGCUCGCAGACGACGUCGUUCGCCAAUGCCCAGACGUGCCAGUCGACCCCUGUCAGCAUUCGACCGGCGUCCAGUCCGUGACACUCGCACGAGCCCGAACCUUGAAGACACCCGCCUCGACCCACAACAGCCCAGCCAAGGUUCGAUCGGUCAGAGCACUACAAGACCCUGGUUUCCCAACCUUAUCACUACAAGACCCUUCAGCAGAUUAGCUCAACCUUUCUCUGCGGCAAUCGAGUACGAAUCGGUGGUCAUCCCCCAGCCGCCUGGCCUCCGCCCGAUUUCACGCGCCUCCCCCGACGCUCAUUUCAGGUAA